GCCGCCGGGUGAAAGGUCGCGCUGUGGCAGGCCGCCGCCCCCCCCCCCCCCAACCCUGCACCCCCCCCCUUCCCCCGUUUCCGGGGCUGCCCAGUGUCCGGGACAUGGAGCCGGAGUGACGGUGCCGCCGCCGCCGCCCCCCCCCCCCCGCCCUCCGGCAGAAGAGCCGCCCCCCCUCCCUCCCUCCCCCCCCCCCGCCCGUCAGGGGGAGGUCGCCGCGCCCCGGGUUUCCUGUCCUGCCCAGCUUUCCGAGUAGUUAAUGCAGAAGAUAAAGAGGGUUCGUCUGGAAAACGAGACUGCAGGAAGUUGGAGAAGUUUUUUGUCCAGUUCUGAAGGGGAAGAGAGGAUGACUGCAGUGGACACGCUAUCAGACAGCUCCGAAGUGGUCGAGAUGGAGGAUGUGCCUUCCCAAUUCCAGGUGCAAAAGCAUUCUUGGGAUGGCCUGCGUGACAUUAUUCACAGCAGCAGGAAGUAUUCGGGCAUGAUAGUGAACAAAGCUCCCCAUGAUUUCCAGUUUGUCCGGAAAACAGAAGAGUCCAGCCCGCACUCUCAUCGUCUUUAUUACCUGGGAAUGCCAUAUGGUAGCCGAGAGAAUUCCCUUCUUUACUCAGAGAUUCCCAAAAAGGUACGGAAGGAGGCCUUGCUACUCUUGUCGUGGAAGCAGAUGCUGGAUCACUUUCAGGCAACCCCUCAUCACGGGAUGUAUUCUAGAGAAGAGGAACUCUUGAGGGAACGCAAACGACUUGGUGUCUUCGGUAUAACGUCUUAUGAUUUCCACAGUGAGAGUGGCCUAUUCCUCUUCCAGGCCAGCAACAGCCUCUUUCAUUGUCGAGAUGGGGGCAAGAAUGGUUUCAUGGUAUCUCCAAUGAAGCCUCUGGAGAUCAAGACUCAGUGCACAGGGCCACGAAUGGAUCCCAAGAUCUGCCCUGCUGACCCUGCCUUCUUUUCGUUCAUUAAUAACAAUGAUCUGUGGGUAGCAAAUAUUGAGACGGGAGAGGAGAAGCGGAUGACAUACUGCCAUAAAGGCUUAUCCAAUGUUCUUGAUGACCCCAAGUCUGCUGGUGUAGCCACUUUUGUCAUUCAGGAGGAGUUUGAUCGGUUCACGGGCUAUUGGUGGUGUCCCACAGCUUCCACAGAAGGUUCAGAGGAUUUAAAAACACUGCGGAUCUUGUAUGAGGAAGUGGAUGAGUCAGAGGUGGAAAUAAUUCAUGUUCCUUCACCUGCCUUGGAGGAGAGAAAAACAGACUCCUAUCGGUACCCCAGAACAGGCAGCAAAAACCCCAAGAUUACAUUAAAACUGGCAGAGUUUAAAACAGACAGCAAGGGUAAGAUCCUGGGUGCUCAGGACAAGGAGCUGGUGCAACCAUUCGCUGCGUUGUUUCCGACUGUGGAGUAUAUUGCCCGUGCUGGAUGGACCCGAGAUGGCAAAUAUGCCUGGGCUAUGUUCCUUGACAGACCUCAGCAGCGGCUGCAGCUAAUCCUUUUGCCUCCAGCACUCUUUAUUCCAGUCCCAGAAAAUGAGGAGCAGCGUGCUGAAUUUGCCAAAACCGUGCCAGAAAAUGUCCAGCCAUUUGUGAUCUAUGAAGAAACCACUGAUGUGUGGAUAAAUGUUCAUGAUAUCUUCUAUCCUUUCAUCCAACCGGAGGGAGAAGAGGAAGAACUCUGCUUUAUCCGAGCCAACGAAUGCAAAACAGGUUUCUGUCACCUGUACAGAGUCACAGCGGUCCUAAAGCAAGGCAGCUACGACUGGGCGCAGCCAUAUGUCCAUAGUGAGGAUGAUUUCAAAUGUCCUAUCAAAGAGGAGAUUGCCCUGACUGGUGGGGAAUGGGAGGUGUUGGCAAGGCACGGAUCGAAGAUCUGGGUCAACGAGACCACGAAGCUGGUGUAUUUCCAAGGCACAAAAGACACACCGUUGGAGCACCACCUCUACGUAGUCAGCUACGAGUCUCCUGGAGAAAUUGUGCGACUCACCACUCCAGGCUUCUCCCACAGCUGUUCAAUGAGCCAGAACUUUGACAUGUUCAUCAGCCACUACAGCAGUGUGAGCACUCCACCUUGCGUGCACGUCUACAAGCUCAGUGGCCCCGAUGAUGAUCCGCUCCACAAGCAGCCCAAAUUUUGGGCCAGCAUGAUGGAGGCAGCCAGUUGUCCCCCAGAUUACAUCCCACCUGAGAUCUUUCACUUCCGCACUCAGUCAGAUGUUGAGCUCUACGGAAUGGUCUACAAACCUCAUGAUGUCCAGCCUGGGAAGAAGCAUCCCACAGUGCUCUUUGUGUACGGAGGCCCUCAGGUGCAGCUAGUGAAUAACUCCUUCAAAGGAAUCAAGUACUUACGGCUAAACACGUUAGCCUCCCUAGGCUAUGCUGUGGUGGUGAUUGAUGGAAGGGGUUCGUGCCAGCGAGGACUCAAAUUUGAAGGGGCCCUGAAAAACCAAAUGGGCCAGGUGGAGAUAGAGGACCAGGUGGAAGGUUUACAUUAUGUAGCAGAAAAAUACGGGUUCAUCGACUUGAGUCGGGUAGCCAUACAUGGCUGGUCGUAUGGGGGUUUCCUCUCCCUCAUGGGUCUUAUCUGUAAACCCAAUGUCUUCAAGAUUGCUAUAGCAGGUGCUCCUGUCACAGUUUGGAUGGCAUAUGACACCGGGUAUACCGAGCGGUACAUGGAUAUCCCAGAAAACAACCAGCAAGGUUACGAGGCUGGCUCUGUGGCAUUACACGUAGAAAAGCUUCCCAACGAGCCAAAUCGUUUGCUGAUCCUCCAUGGCUUUUUGGAUGAAAACGUGCACUUUUUUCACACCAACUUCCUGGUAUCACAGCUAAUCCGGGCUGGAAAACCUUACCAGCUGCAGAUCUACCCCAACGAGAGACACAGUAUUCGGUGCCCUGAGUCAGGAGAGCACUAUGAAAUCACGCUGCUGCACUUUCUACAAGAAUACCUCUGAGAGCACAAGCCUCCGCAAAACUGGACACUGACAGCUCACCUUCCCCUCCUGUGCCCUGCCACCGCCACCUCCCUCGACAGCCACCUCAGCCAGAGCACAAAUGGCUGCGUGCCCGUGACCGGGCUGGGUGUCCCCCCCCCGAGCGAGGGGGUAGGCUGGAGGGCACCUUCCCUUUGGACAGUGCCACCUUCUUCCACUUUCCAAGCUGGAGGUCUGCCCCUGCUCGGCUGCUCGUCCUGUUCCUCUCCUCUGGCCUGGCUGUUAAUGCUUUUUUAUUUGCUGCUACUCCCUCUACCCUGGGAAUCAAUGGACAGUGGUCUGUCAUCCGAGGCUGAGGUUUGUGUCCAUCUCUCUCUUCCCCCCGUCCUUUUCCCCUUCCACUGCGCCUCUGCAGUUCCCAGACUCUUACCUGCAAGAACUCAGUGCCUGUGUUGGAAACAGAAGAGCCGAAUCAGCAAGCUGCCUUAAGCCAGGAGUGGGAGGGAAGAGAGAACUACCUAUCGUUAAUCCCCAGGGGAGCUGAUCUGAUCGCUGCUGCUGCUGUGUCCCGGCCCUGCUGCGACAAUGUGGAGCCCUGGGAUGUGACGAGAGCUCUACAGAAGCAUGCAACACUAGUCUUUUCUAUUUUUCAGUUUAAUUUUGCAGAGCAGAUGGAGGAAGUGGCUGGGGGUCGGUAACAGCGUCCUCUGAUACCUUUCUCUAAUGGCCGCUCAGAAGCAGAGUUGUGCCAACAGGUAGCACGGCAGCUGAAACAGCUGGCUACAACCAGAGAUCAUCUCUCCGGAGAUUACAGCAGCAUUUAGGUUUUUGCAACACAAGAUGGAUGAUAUUUAUGCAAAUCCUCCCUCCCUCCGUUCUCCGUGCUGCCUCCCGAUCCCACCUUCUCCUUCCCCGACACCCUGAGCUUUCAGAUGUGCACUGAAAUUGGCUGUGCUUCAGUUCUCUGCGGGUCAGUGACUGUUCCCCUUGCCCAUCUACUCAGCAAAUGCUCUCUUCUGGUUUUUAUUUACCUGGUCAACAGGAACUGCAGUUCUGGGGAGGGGGGGAUUGAGCAAUCACACCUCAGGGGAGCACAUACCCCCCUUAAGCCAAGGGUUCAGCCAGGGGCGAAAAGGAAAAGGAAAAAAAAAAAAAAAAACAAAAACCCCACCCAAAUGAACCACGUUGACUUGCCCUGGAGUAUUUUAAGUGCGUAUUAUGAAAAGAAAAUAUUUUUAUGGAUUCUUAUUCUUUUAUAAUUAUGAGUGUAAGAUGUAGCGACUCAUUAAAAUAUUGGAAAGAGA